UAACUUCCCUUAUAUUAUUUUAAUGUAAACAAAACGUUGCACAACAUUACAAUACUGAUAAUGAUCCUGCAGGACGGAACGCAGGUAGCAUAGGUGACUGAUAAAUAUUCGAAGACUUUCUACAGCCUGUUUUCAAGUCUUUUCAAAAGAUGACCUCCGAUGACGAUGAUGUUGUGACCUUGGCCGACAUUAAGAAGGCUAGGGAAAUAAUAAUGACGUCACCACUGAACGUCCAUAAAACACCCAUCUUAAAAGAUAUGACGUCAUAUUUUCCUGAAAUUGAACAAAGUAUGAAUCUGAACAUGAAACUAGAAAGCAUGCAAACAACAGGUUCAUUCAAAAUACGUGGAGUAGUGAAUCAAAUGGCGAAUCUUCCACAGGAAGUAAAAAGCGGUAAAAGGAAGUUAAUUACAAUGUCAGCCGGGAAUUAUGGGAAAGCAUUUGCGUAUACCUUGAACAAGCUGAAUCUUUCUGGCCUUUGCCUUAUGCCACUGACAGCGCCAUCAAACAGGAUAGCACUGAUUAAGAGUUUGGGUUGCGAGGUGGUUGUGCUGCCAAGCAGUGAAAUGCAGACAGCCUUUGCUCAGUACGCGGCACAGAAUUUUUCUGUCAUUCAUCCGUACGACGACCAGUCGUUCAUAACAGGCUGUGGCAGCAUUGCCUUGGAAAUUCUAGAAGAUGACAUCAGGCCUGACGUAAUUGUAGUAUGCUGUGGUGGUGGGGGACUGGUUUCGGGGAUCGCAGCAGGAAUUAAACAGUCUGGACUUGUAGACUGUAGAAUAUACGCAGUAGAACCGGAGGGAUCGAGAACAAUGUACGAGAGCUUCCGAAAAGGAGAACCUGUCACAAUGGCUGUUAACUCUGUAGCUUCUGGGUUAUCUCCUCCUUAUGCAGGAAAAUUAACUUAUCGGUGUUGCCGGAAGUAUGUAGAGGAUGUGAUUCUCGUGUCGGAUAGGGAAAUACUGAAUUGCAUGUCGAGACUGUUUGAGUUAGGAAUAGUAGCCGAACCUUCAGGAUGCGCGGCGAUGGCGGCCAUUUUAUAUAAUAAAAUACCUGAUGUUGCAGGAAAGAAAGUAGUAGCAAUUAUAACUGGAAGUAAUGUGUCAAUUUCGGAAAUGACGUCAUAUAUUCAAUAAAAGAU